AUUUUUUAUAAUUUUUUAAGUUAGUUUUCAUUGGCUUAUAAAUGGUCAUUUUUUUUAAAAAAGUUUAAAAAUAUUUUAAGGAUAAUUUCAAAUAUAAAAUUCUAUGAUCCUUCAUUCAUCAACCCCGUUAAACGCCUUGCCUUCAGCAAGGUUAAUCUUGAUUUUCGUAUGUUCACUCUUCAUGAUAAAAUCUGUGGAAGCUCAGAAACUUGAUGGGGCUUCUAAUCUAGCGCUCGCAAAUAACCAAUUCACUUUCGACACCCUGAAACAAGCUGCGACCUCUUUGAAGGGCAUAAAGAAUGUGAAUAUCAUUCUAUCACCUUUCAAUGUGGCUCAAGUACUUUCUAUGAUAAUGCUAGGAGCUAAGGGAGAAACAUUCAAUCAAUUAUCGAGCACUUUGCAUUACUCUUCGAAUUUUAAACCUAUUCCGACACCGUUAAACCAAGAGGGUUUGCAUAAAGCUAUCGCUGACAAGCUACUAACGGGCCCCAAGGACCAGAAAAGGAACGUGACUCUGGAGACCGGAAACGGGAUUUACCCCGACAAAACAUUUCCCCUCAAUCCUACCUUCCUGAAAAACGUAGAACGUUUUUACCAAGCUUCUGUACAAAAUUUGGAUUUUAGGAAGGAAUCGCAAAAGGCCGUAGGCAUUAUAAAUGCGGAUAUUUCGAAAGCCACUAACGGAAAGAUCCUAGAUCUAUUACCUCCUAACAGUCUAGACGCUUCCACUUCGCUAGUUUUGAUCAGCACAAUUUAUUUUAAAGGAGAUUGGAAAGAUAAAUUCGAUCCAAAAUUGACCAAGAAGAUACCCUUUAAAAGCGACGAUGGACUAAUCCAAGAGGUUGAUAUGAUGCAAGGUCUUAAGGAAGGGUAUUAUGGGGAUUUCGAUUUUUCUACGUCAAUGGACUCCUCUAUAAAACACCCACAAUCCGUUAAAGUUUUGCGGUUAGAUUAUACGGAUUCCAAUUUGGCAAUGUUUUUCUUACUUCCGGAACAGAAUGGAUUAGAGGGACUUAUCAUCGAUAUCAACCCUUCGAUAUUGGCCAAAUUGAUAGCGGAUGUUAGGCACAAUACUAAAAUUAAAGCAAUAUUGCCUAAGUUUUCGAUAAAUUACGAGGUCGAGAUGAAGGAUAUAUUGCAGAAAUUAGGGAUUACUGAUGUAUUUAGUAACAAAGCAGAUCUAUCAGAAAUUACUAAGACUCCAAUGGAUGCUGAAGGACUUUAUAUAAGUAAGGUUUAUCACAAAGCCUUUAUCGAAGUCAACGAAAAAGGGAGUGAAGCAGCCGCAGCCACUGGCGUUGUUAUAAGUAGGUCUUCUAUUUUCCUGCCAAUUACGUUUCAAGCAGAUAGACCGUUUAUGUAUUUCAUUAUGGAUCUUUCUAAUUCGAAUAUUCUUUUUAUUGGAACUUACAGCAGACCAUCUUAAAUAACUAUAUAUCAAUAAUAUGAAAAAUAUUUUAAAUUAUGAAUUAUAUAAAAAAUUAUUGUUAUAAUAAUUAUGUUGAAAAAUAAUAGUUCUAGUAAAAAUAUUGAAUUUUUUUUUAAAAGAUAUUAUAUAAUUCAAAUUAACAAAAAAAUAAUAUCGGCAAGCAGUUGGCUCAAAAGAGGGAAUAGUUUGAUGAAUAAUAUAUUUAUAGAUUGUGAACUCAUUAUUGAGUAGUUCUAACGGAGAGAUAUGAAUAUGUAAUUUUCGUUUUUUUUUAUUAUAACAGAAAUUUAAUAAAAAAGAGUUGUAGAUUUUUAUAAUUUUCAAGAUGG